UAAGUUUCCAGCUGAGACAUCGUUACUUAUUAUCUAAAUAAAAAUAAACCUGUUCUUAGUAUGAUGUUAAAUAAACGUGUGUCAAACCCCAAACGUGGAAUUUAGCUUGUGGUCGAUCUCUGGUCAAACUGAAAAGCCCCUGAAGCAACGGUUUAAUAAGAAUGGAUGAAAAUAAACUAGGAUGCAAACUGUUGUUUGAUGACAUGUCCGACGAUGUGUAGGCGUUGCUGGUUGGUUGGGUACUUUGGAAGUGGUCAAUGACGGAGCCUGCCUUUGCUGUUGACACAAUUCCGCAACUUAUCAACUGUAGCAAAAACAGUCCGGGAACAGAAUCACUUCGAGUUCGGUCAGUGCGCAGUUCACACGCGCCCAAAAUAUAUUAUCGUCUUUACUCUCGUAUCGAAUCGAUUCGUAGCGUCGUAGCAGUCGUCUACGGAGGUGCGCAAACGCGGUAUCGUGAUCAAAACGAAAUGGCCUCUAAGGAUGUUCAAACUCCAGUUACUUCGAAAUACGAGUCUAUUACAAAUCACGAUGGCUUUGUGGAUGAAGACGAAAUUGCAGUAAUGGUUGCCAAAGCUGAUGUAGAAACGGGCAAUGCAAACGCCAGACCGGAAGUUGCCCCUCCCACCAGGGCCUCCCGAGUGCCCCUCAUUGGGACGAGUUCCAUCAUUGGUCUCUCAGACGUGACUGAUAACAAACUGAUAUGGAGGCAGCUGAUAGCCGAGCUCUUGGGAACAUUCCUCCUCACCUCCAUCGGCGUGGCAGCCUGCAUCGCCAUCACCGAGAGCAAUGCUCCACACGUCACCAGCAUCGCUUUGGCUUUUGGUCUUCUCGUUGGAUCGAUUGUGCAGGCAAUUGCUCAUGUAUCCGGUGGACACAUCAACCCUGCAGUGACUGCGGGUCUCUUCAUUUCAGGCGACAUUAAGCUCAUCAAAGCUCUCUUCUACGUAAUAGUUCAGGCCUUGGGUGCGGUCGCUGGCGCUGCUUUUAUAAGGUUGGCUGUUCCUGAAGAUCGAGUACUCGCUUUUGGGAUGACGUUGCCGGGGCCCGGAGUCACCGAUGCACAGGCUGUCCUCGUAGAGGCUCUCAUCACAUUCGUCUUAGUGCUGGUGGUUCAGGGCGUGUGCGACGGUGGAAGAUCGGACCUGAAGGGCUCUGGUCCUCUCGCCAUCGGUCUCAGCAUCACGGCUUGUCACGCCGCCUGCAUUCCAUUCACCGGCUCUAGCAUGAACCCGGCUCGAUCCUUCGGCCCAGCCGUCGUGAUGGGCAACUGGACUUCUCAUUGGGUCUACUGGGUGGGACCCCUUGCCGGCGGAGCCAUCGCAGGUCUGCUCUACAAAUACGUGUUACGCAUCGGAAAAGACGAAGCUGGCUCUUACGACCUCUAAUUAUAUAACAGCUUUUAGGUUAACCGUCUCGAGUAUUCGCAUUUUAUAAGUGUUACGCGGACCAUUUGUAUUACGCCUUGUCAUUUCUUAAAACAAAAGGUAGGAGAUAAAAGUGGAAGAAAUAUAAACGUUUCCGAUCUUAGAGAAAACGAUAGUCUUUACCGGUUCACAUCCGAUUCUUUUAAGCCAUAUAAGGAAAAACAGUACUAGGUGUUGGUAAAUUGUGAAAGAAAACACUAUAAUAUGUUUGUAAUGUCGACUCGGAAACGAAUGUAAUUCCAACAAUGGGAUAUUUCACGUUCAAGAUUAAAAAGUAUUAAGGGAUGAUGCUUCAACCGCUGUUAAUUGUCUUUCGGUUUGCCUUUUAGUUGCCAAUCGACGAACACGAAACACAAUGGAAAUAAUAUAAAACCAAUGGCCACCAAUCGCAUCAUUGGUCAUUUCAAUGUUUUGAAAAUGGCGCUUGAAAAAUCAUCUCUACACCUAUUUAUACAUAAUAUUAUAAUGUCAUUAAUUUAUUUGGGAAUAUUCAGCACAACUCGAUUUGUACUCGAAUGUUCGAUGAUUGUAUAUAAUGUGGGGGAAGUGAUCUUCACGAUAUUAUUGAGUGAAUGGAUUUCAGAAAAUGUAUAUUUAAAAUAAAGCAAUUGCUAAAUAA